AUGGAAAAAUUUCAGGGUUCAGAAGGCAAGAAGGAAGAUGAAGAAAAGAAAUAUCUUGAUGUUAUCAGCAACAAAAACAUAAAGCUGUCAGAGAGAGUUCUGAUCCCUGUCAAGCAAUAUCCAAAGUUCAAUUUCGUUGGGAAAUUGCUUGGACCAAGAGGAAACUCUUUAAAGAGGUUACAAGAAGAAACAGGUGCAAAAAUGUCUAUCCUGGGAAAAGGAUCCAUGAGGGAUAAAGCUAAGGAGGAAGAACUAAGGAAAAGUGGAGAAGCCAAAUACGCACACUUGAGUGAUGAACUCCACGUAUUAAUUGAAGUGUUUGCUCCACCUGGGGAGGCGUAUUCUCGUAUGAGUCAUGCCUUGGAAGAAAUAAAAAAAUUUCUGGUUCCUGAUUAUAAUGAUGAAAUUCGCCAGGAGCAGCUGAGAGAGCUUUCGUAUUUGAACGGUUCUGAGGAUUCGUCACGCGGACGGGGCAUUCGAGGAAGAGGGAUCCGUGUGCCACCUGCAGCUCCUUCAAGGGGCCGUGGGGGUGCCAUUCCCCCGCCGCUGCCUGGACGAGGUGCCCAAGCUCCCCGCGGAGCUCCGGUGACGCGCGGAGCGCUGCCCGUCCCGCCCGUGGCCAGGGGCGUCCCCACGCCGCGAGCCCGGGGCGCCCCGGCCGUGCCCGGGUACCGACCGCCCCCGCCGCCGGCCCAUGAGCCCUACGAGGACUAUGGAUACGAUGAUGGAUAUGGGGGUGAAUAUGAUGAUCCAAGCUAUGAGGCAUAUGAUAACAGUUAUGCCACCCAAACACAAAGUGUGCCUGAAUAUUACGACUAUGGUCACGGAACAAGUGAAGAGGCUUAUGACAGCUACGCACAAGAAGAAUGGGCCACGACCCGUUCCAGCCUAAAGGCACCACCUCCAAGGGACUCACAGGCACUGGACAGCUAAGCAGCAGAUCUGCUGGGAGGUGGUCAGGUAAGCUCUGCUGCAUCUCAGGGGGUUUUCCUGUUUCCUGUUUUAUCUCUGCAUUUGUUUUUUACUAACACACAAAAAUGUAUUCAGCUACAGUUAUAAAAAAAAAUGUCUUUCCAGCAAUUUUUCUCUGUGUAUCAGCAUAGUGAUCAUGGUAUAAUGGCAAUCAAAACAUUUACAUGUGUGUUAUGAUACUCUUCAUUCCAAUAAAAAAAGUCCUGUCA